GGAGGACCAGAAGGGAGAAGGAGGAGAUCCCUGCCCUAUCCUUCUUCUGGGAGAGCCAGGAAGGAAGCUUGGAAAUAAAAGCGGAUCCUUGAAGGCCCAGGAAACAACCCUUAGACGAUGGUGGCCAUGAAGACCGUCUCUCUGCUGCUGGUGUCCCUGCUCCUGGCAGUGGGGCUAGGAGAGAGGGAAGAGGGUUCCUCCAGAUUCCAAACUAAGGCCAGUGGCAUCCAACCUCGAGGCCCCAGGUAUGCCGAGGGGACUUUCAUCAGUGACUACAGUAUUGCCAUGGACAAGAUCCGCCAACAAGACUUUGUGAACUGGCUGCUGGCGCAGAAGGGGAAGAAGGGCGACUGGAAACACAACAUCACCCAGAGGGAGGCCCAUCAAUCUAACAGGAAGGAGGAGGCGAGGGAGCAGCAGGGCUCCCUCCCCAAGAACCCCAGUGAUGAAGAAUUGCUAAAGGACUUACUGCUUCAAGAGCUGCUGGCCUGGAUGGUGGAUCAGAGGGAGCUCUGCAGGCUCAGGUUUCAGUGACUCUGACCAAACCCAGCUCAGGACUGGACUCUGCCCUUCCCUUACACAGCUCCCAUCUCAGUUCCACUCCACGAUACCCAAAAGAAGCCAAACUAAAUUUAAGCUGAAAUAAAUCUCUGCACCCAUUGUC